UCAGGAAAGAGAUCUCAGACCGCUUGUUCAUGGCUCUGUGGAGAGAACAGGUCAAGAAGUGACCCAUGCAAUGUUUGAGAAUAGUAAGAAAAAAACAGAAGUAAGAAAGAAGCGUGAUUGCUAUAAUAUCAUAUCUUGAAUAUUGCAUGUAGUUUUGUCCACAAUGUCUGAAAAGAAGUAUAAAUAGAAAACAUACAGGGCAGGAUGAAAAGGUGGGGAAUGUUUGAGGGUCUCAGGCUGCAAUCCCAGAGCAGACUGUGGAUUUAGUGCUGUAAUCCCACUCCAAAAUUCUUCAUGCUGUCACUGAGCAGGUUCAACACAGUAACCUGGUAAAACACACACACACACACACACACACACACACACACACACACACUAAAAAAGAGUUUCCUGCCAGGUGACUGAGCUGAAAUGGCACAGCCACAUCUGUGGACAUGGGCAGGGGGAUACACGACAGAGGGAGGAAAGUGGCAGCCAGUCCUAGGAAACCUCUGCCUUCAGCUGUAGCUUCAUAAACCAUUUUGGCCAGCUUUGCUGAUGAAAUUAGGCCCAAGCUCUUUUGCCUGCAGCUACUUGCUGUCACCCCUGAAAGCCUCUCCCUUUUGGUGUUUGUGCAGCUGUUCAGAACUCAGUGGGGGAACUGAUCUGAAACAAAAUUAAUCAUUUUUGUUGGAUUAUUCUGAUAGAGUUUGCAGCAUGCAAGCACAAGAAAGGGAUGUGGCAAAAGGACAGGAAAAAGCAACAGGGACAUUGCUCCUUUGAGCAAUGCUAGCUCAAAGAGGUUUGGAAACAAGUAAAAGACCAAAGCUCCACAGUUCAGGAAAAUGGAUGGUUCUGAAAUCAUAUGAGAGAGGUCUAUAAACUGGUAUGCUGGAAACAAAUAGGGCAUGAUCAUUCAUUAUUUCUUAGAUGACAAAAAUUCAAGUACCCUGUAAAAUUAUUAAGCACUGGAUUUAAAACCAUUAAGGAAAAAGUUCCUGUCUAGCUUUUGUGCAAAUUUGAGACCUUCCCACCACUCCUGGAGGCAGGUGUACCAACAGAUGAAAAAGCUAUUUGACAAAUUCAAAGAGAAGUAGUACAUUUGUGGCUGUUAGGGUUGCAGUGGAUACAGUUUUCACCUGAGAGCUUUGCCUCUGCACUUCAGGAGCUGAAAACAGAAAGAAAGGCCACUUAAUGUUGGUUUACAUGUUUUUAUACCUCUUACCUGUUUCUCUGCUAUUGGCCAUUGUCAGAUAGAAGACACCAGCCUAGGGACAGUUGCUUUGAAUGAGGCUGGCUCUUCUGUUUUCAUCUACUUUACUUCAAUUAUAUGUGAUAUGAAUACAUUGUUUACAUUUGUUAUGUUAUAUUUGCAGUAUUUAUUGUGAAGACACAAAGUCUGUAUUAGACAUAUCUAAAUAACAAAAUAAAACUAAACAAGUUAUUUUUCUGAAACAACUUAUGCCACUGAAGUUUCUUGAAGAAUGCACAGACAUGGUGUUACUGUUACUGUCACACUUACCCUUUGACAGUGUAGUACAGAUAAAAAGCAUGGCUUUAAAGCAGUGGCAGUAGAUAGCCUAAGAGCACCUCUGAGCUCUGACCCCACAGCUCUAGGUUACAGCUUCCCACGGUGGAAGUGUCCUGUGGAACUUUGGAUGGACAUAGGACAGUAAAUCACGGCUUGCAAUACAUUGGUAACAAAAGACAUUAAUCUCUUUCCUGGCGAGUUCAUCCUAAAAUACUGGAACAAACUGAAAAUGCAUUUCUGACGAAAACCUGUGUUGGUGUGUGGGGAGAGCCCAAGUAUCUAAUUUACGGCAGGACUGGGUUGGGUUUUGUGCCAGCUUCUCCCUUCCUAGCGAUGAGCCCCGGAGCUAUUAAAGAGAUGUGCCUGGGGGUGAGGGCGCAGUCUCCCCGCGUCCUGCCGGCCGCCCAUCGGCCCGACUCGCCGUGACCGCCCCCGCCGCUCGGCACGGCCAGGUACGCGGGGCCGGGCCGGCGGCCGCUCCGCCGCGAGGUGUGUCCGUGAGCAGCGGCUCGGCGGUGCCUUGUGAGGAUUGGGCAGGGCGGGCGAGCGGCUCCGCGGCUCCCCCGCCGGGCUCCGCCGCCGCGCUCCCGCAGUAGCAGCGCGCUCGCCGCCUCCGCUCCGCUCCCGCUCCGCGCCGCUCCCGCCGCGCCGCCAGCGCCCGCCCCGGCCCCGGCCGCCGCCGCAUCGUGAUGCCGCAUCCCGCGGCGCCCCUCGGGGCCGCCCUGCUGCUCGUCCUGCUGGCGGCGGACUCCUCGCAGACCGUGCUGCUGCGCGCCCCGGAAGCUGCCCAGUUCCUGCGGCACAGGCAGCGGCGAGCCUACCAGAUCUUCGAGGAGACCAAGCAAGGGCACCUGGAGAGGGAGUGCGUGGAGGAGCACUGCAGCAAGGAGGAGGCCCGGGAGGUGUUUGAGAAUGACCCCGAGACGGAAUAUUUUUACCCGAAAUAUUUGGCUUGUAUUCAGAAAUAUGGGUCACCAUAUACGAGAAAUCCAGAUUUCCUUACGUGUGUUCAUAAUUUGCCAAACCAGUGUUCUCCCAAUCCUUGUCACAAAGAAGGGACCGUCAAAUGCGAGGAUCUCAAGGGAGAUUUCUAUUGUGAAUGCAAGCGUGGCUGGCAGGGGAAAAAAUGUGAAAAAGAUAUUGAUGAAUGCACAACGCAGAACGGCGGCUGUAACCAGCUCUGCCUCAACAAGCUAGGCAGCUACCGGUGCUCAUGCUACAGUGGUUAUGCUCUUAAAGACAGCAAAACAUGUGAAGACAUAGAUGAAUGCACAGCAUCAGCAGACAUCUGUGGAGAAGCUCACUGUAAAAAUUUAAUAAGCUCAUAUGAAUGUCUUUGUGAUGCGGGCUACAAGUACGAUGACGUGAGAAAAACUUGUCAAGAUAUAGAUGAAUGCAAAGAAAAGCUUUGUGAACAGACCUGUGUCAACUCACCAGGGAGUUACACCUGUCAUUGUGAUGGCAGAGGGGGAGUGAAACUUUCCCAGGACAUGAAUACAUGUGAGAACAUCAUACCAUGUGUGCCUUUUGCUGUUGGGAGGAGUAUUAAAUCCUUGCACCUGGGGAGGAUGUUCAGCGGCACUCCUGUUAUCAGGCUGCGCUUCAAAAGGAAACAACUGACGAGACUUGUGGCUGAGUUCGACUUUAGAACCUUUGAUCCUGAAGGUAUCCUUUUCUUUGCUGGAGGCCAUCAAGACAGCACAUGGAUAGUGUUGGCUUUGCGCAAAGGACGGCUCGAGCUGCAGCUGAAAUACAACGGGAUCGGCCGCGUGACCAGCACCGGGCCGCUCAUCAACCACGGCAUGUGGCAAACGAUCUCCGUUGAGGAACUUGAAAGAAAUUUGAUUAUAAAGGUCAAUAGGGAUGCAGUUAUGAAAAUAGCUGUCUCAGGAAACCUGUUUACACUAGACAAGGGAGUGUAUCAGCUGAAUUUGACAGUAGGAGGCAUUCCUUUCAAAACAAAGGACCUUAUUCUACCAAUAAACCCUCGGCUGGAUGGUUGCAUGCGGGCGUGGAACUGGCUGAAUGGGGAGGACACCUCUAUCCAAGAGACCAUAAAGAUGAAUGAAAAGAUGCAGUGCUUUGCUGUAGCAGGACGAGGCUCUUUCUAUCCUGGACGAGGUUUUGCUGUGUUUAAUCUUACUUACAUGCAACCUUCUUCUGGAAAUGAAACCAUGACAAACUGGGAAAUUGAAAUAAAUGCUGUAAUUCAACCAGCAACAGAUACUGGUGUGCUGUUUGCCCUAGUUACAGAAGAAGCAUCUGUCCCUUUAUCACUAUCUCUGAUUGACUAUCACUCCACGAAGAAACUGAAGCAACAGUUUAUCAUCGUGGCCGUGGAGAGCACAGUUGUGUCCAGACUGGCAAUAAAUCUCUGUGAUAAAAAGGAGCACUCUGUAGAUGUCCUCCUCAAGAAAGAUCACUUAUCCCUGAGGGUAGAUGGGAUAGCAGGAGAGAGUGAACUAAGCAUCUCUGAGCUGGAGGACAGUCUGUCCGUCUUGGAGAGCUCUUUGCAGGCAACGAAGACAUACGUGGGAGGAUUGCCAGACGUUCCUGUCACCUCCACUCCGGUCACCGCGUCCUACCACGGCUGCAUGACCCUCAAGCUGAGCAACACAGCACUGGACUUAGAUGAGGCUCUCUACAAGCACAGUGACAUCACCUCACAUUCCUGUCCUCCAGUCCAGGAGGGUCAGUAGGUACCACUGCAAUGCGAAAGUUUUAUACUCAGAAACUUUCAGUGCUUUUCUUUUUUUAAAAGAUAUAAAUUAUUCAGAUCUACCGCACUGCGUGUAUAGUUUCUCUUAAACACUGAAGUUACGUAGAAGCUACUGAUCCUUAUGUCAAAUUGAUUAUUGAAAUACUCUUUGCUUUGAGGUUUAAAGGUUGUAAUAUAUUUGUAAAUAGUUCAGAAGACUAAUAUUAAAUAAGUCAAAACAGAAUGUACUGAAAGUGAAUACUAUCUUUAGACUGUAAGAGACAGUUUCAUCUGUAAUGUGGGAAACCUGGUAAUAUAUGAGUGUGGACUGGAAGAAAAAUAAUAAUUCUGUAUUAUUUUUUAUUACCAAACACUGCUUUCUGAUUUGCAAAAUAUGAGAGAAUAAAAUAUUUACAUACAUGUUUUU